AUGCAAGCCAAGAGCACAAGCUCUAAAUCACUUCUCUCUUCUCUAACCAAAACUCAAACAAUGUUGAUGCCACAAGUGGUUCAACAAUCACGAAACCCUUCAGCAACUCUCUUGACAUUGCCCAAACCAUUCCUUCUUGGCAAUAGCCAUGCAAAUAUUUUUCCUGUCCAAUUGAGGUCCUCAAUAUUUACUAGUACUAAAGCUAGCCGAAAUGCAAGCCUUAGCUAUAAACCUAACGUAAUUAAAGCCAUAGCAACUGUCCCUGCAGACCAGACUACAACAGUAAAGGCUGUUUUGUCUGUGAAGCCAAGCACCGGUACCGAUAGUAGUACUAGUACCGGGGUAGAUAAUUUGGCCACAGACUUGCUUGGUAGCUUGGAGCUUGUUUUUGCAGAGCUUGAUCCAGAAACGGGAGAGGAGAGGACCGUUACAGGGAAGGCAGUGAAAGCAGGCGAACUGGAUGAAUAUGUCCUGUAUGAAGUAGUCCUUGAGGUUCCAGUUGAUUAUGGAGAAGUUGGUGCAGUUUAUGUUUCAAAUGAGCAAGCUAACGAGUUUUUGGUCAAGGAAAUUGUCCUUGAUGGCUUCCCUCUUGGCUCGGUUUUACUGACUUCCAAUUCAUGGGUUCAACCAGCAGACAAAAGGGUCUUCUUCACGAAUAAUUCUGCAUAUUUGCCGGUACAAACACCAAGUGGAUUGAGAAGGUUAAGAAAGGAAGAGCUUGUGAGUUUGCGAGGCAAUGGCGAAGGAGAGCGCAAGAAAGGCGACAGGAUAUAUGACUACGACGUGUACAAUGACCUCGGAGAUCCUGAUCAUGAGAGCGGAGCUGAUUUAGCAAGACCGGUGCUCGGAGGCAAAGAACACCCUUAUCCUAGACGUUGCCGAACAGGGCGGCCGCCAACCAAGAGAGAACAUCUGUUGAUAGAUCCGGCAUCGGAGUCGAGUACUACUGGUGACUUUAUCUAUGUGCCUCGCGAUGAAGAAUUCUCUGACCUGAAGGAGAAAAGUUUUAAGGAGAGGACAGAUUUGCACACUCUUCGUUCAUUGUUAACAGGACUACAAGCCGGGCUUAGUAAUGAGGCUGAUUUCCCAUUCUUCACAGCCAUAGACAAACUCUAUAAUGAAGGAGUCAACUUGCCUUCCACUCUACCAAGCAAGAUUUCGGGUUCCUUGCCCGACUUUAUCAAGAAGCUUCUUGAAUCGGCUAAAUACUUGUUGCGGUUUGACCCUCCUGAAUUAAUGGAGAGAGACAGAUUUUCUUGGUUUAGGGACGAGGAAUUUGCUCGGCAGACUCUUGCUGGUCUAAAUCCAUCUUGCAUACAAUUGGUCACGGAAUGGCCACUGAUGAGUCAACUUGAUCCUGAGAUUUACGGUCCACAGGAAUCAGCAAUCACAGAAAGACUUAUCAAUGAAGAACUCAACGGGUUCAAUUUGACAGUAGAAGAGGCUAUAGCGCAGAAGAAGCUGUUCAUCCUUGAUUACCAUGAUUUAUUUUUACCACAUGUGAAGGAGGUAAGAAAGCUUGGAAAUAGAACUUUAUAUGGUUCACGGACACUGUUCUUCCUAAACCCAGAAGGCACAUUGAGGACUCUAGCCAUUGAACUCACUCGUCCACCGAUGGAUGGAAAGCCUCAGUGGAAUGAAGUGUUUAGACCAACCUCCAAUUCCACAGGUCUCUGGCUUUGGAGGCUUGCCAAAGCUAAUGUUCUUGCACAAGAUUCUGGCUAUCAUCAACUUAUUACUCACUGGCUAAGAACGCAUUGUGUCACAGAACCAUACGCAAUUGCAGCGAAUCGCCAACUUAGUGCCAUGCAUCCAAUCUACAGGCUCCUGCACCCUCAUUUCCGAUACACAAUGCAGAUCAAUGCUCAAGCUAGAGAUACGCUGAUAAAUGCUGGUGGGAUAAUUGAAACAACAUUUUCACCUGGCAAGUACUGUAUGGAGCUAAGCUCUGUUGUCUAUGACAAGCUGUGGAGGUUUGACCAGCAGGGACUGCCAAAGGAUCUAAUUAGCAGAGGAAUGGCUGUUGAAGAUCCAUCUUCUCCACAUGGUGUGAAGCUAGCAAUCGAAGAUUACCCUUAUGCCAAUGAUAGCCUUUAUUUAUGGGACAUCAUAAAAAAUUGGGUCAGUGACUAUGUCAACCACUACUAUCCAGAAGCAAGUCUCAUUGAGUCUGAUGAUGAGCUCCAAGCAUGGUGGUCGGAAGUUCGCAAUGUAGGCCAUGCUGACAAAAAGGAUGAACCAUGGUGGCCUGAGCUAAAAACACCGCAGGACCUUAUCGACACUAUCACAACUAUUAUAUGGGUUGCCUCAGGUCAUCAUGCCGCUGUGAACUUUGGACAGUAUGCCUAUGCAGGGUAUGUCCCAAAUAGGCCUACAAUUACUAGACAAAAUAUGCCAACUGAAGAUCCAAAUGAUGAGAAAUGGAAUUCAUUUUUGGAAAAACCUGAAGAAACACUCUUGGAUACCUUCCCUUCACAACUUCAGGCUGUAACAGUGAUGGCUACUUUGAAUGUUUUAUCUGCCCACUCUCCUGAUGAAGAGUUCAUUGGGAAUAGAAUAGAGGCAGUUUGGGCUGAGGAUCCUGUUAUAAAGAAGGCUUUUGAAAACUUUAAUGCGAGGAUAAAUGAGCUUGAUGGGAUUAUAGAUGGAAGGAAUGCUGACAAGCUUUUGCAAAACAGACAUGGAGCUGGUGUUAUGCCUUACAAUCUAGUCAAGCCAUUCUCUACCCAUGGGGUGACAGGGGAAGGAGUUCCCAAUAGCAUCUCCAUUUGA